AUGUCAACAGCGGUCAACACAUCUGCUUCGGUGCUUUCAAAUCGUGUUAAAAGCGUAGUACAUUCAGAGUCAUUGCCUACUAAAGUCAAACAGUCUUCAACGAAUCCCUUAUGUCACACACCUGAUACAACAUCUAACCAAAAGGAUCCCUCAAAAGUGCCUAUUUGUUUGAUAAAGUUAGUUCGGUCCAUUGUACGAACAUUUUACACAAGAGAACACUCACUCAUCGUUGAUAUGCUGGUGCGUAAUACAAUUAUGAAAGAAGAUGAUUUAUGCCAAAGACUUCGGUUUGAACGGAAACAACUGAGACAGUAUCUACACACAUUAAAAUGUGAUCAGUUCAUUAAAUCAAAGCUACAGUUAGAAACAGAUACGGAUGGGAAAACUACGAAAAUUACACACUACUUCAUUGACUAUAAACUAUUCGUUAAUGUGGUCAAAUAUCGAUUAGACCUAAUGCAACGCCGAUUAGAGACUGAACAGCGUCAGUCUACAAGUCGAGCUAGUUUUAAGUGUUCUUCUUGCCGUACAACUUAUACAGACUUGGAAGUGGACAGGCUUAUGGAUUUAACUAAUCCGGGGAAACUCUUAUGUGUCUAUUGUCGUCGUGAAGUCCGUGAAGAAGAGGAUAAUGCUUCACGUACAGAUGCACGUGCCUUGAUUGCAAAAUUUCAUCAUCAGGUCCGCGAUCCGAUCGAUAUGAUGCUUCGUGAAUGUGAUGCAAUACACUUAUCACCGGCUAUACUUGAACCAGAAUUCCGUCGUCUUGAUCCUUUGAAUGAUAACACUGAUGGGACACAAAAUUCAUCUCAGUAUGUUGGUUUGGAUACUAUGGAUUCUGGCGAGUCGAACAAGAGAAACUUAUCUACAUUUGGUCCGACUGAAAAUAGUGUUCGGAUUGUACUAAGUGGAAAUUCAAGUAGCUUAACUCAGUCAGUUAAAGAAAGACCUAUUUGGAUGUCUGACAGCACCAUAAGUCUCAACCCGACAACAGCCAAUGGUGAUCCUGAAUCGCAGCCAACAGUAUUUCCGAGUACAACAGAUUUACAUCCAAGUCAUACUUCUGAGGACUCCGUAACACAAACGCUAGCGCCUGGAAGGGUACCGUCGGCAUAUGGAAGCAAUUCAUCUACAGUUACAAAUAAUAGUGGUUCCCAAAGUAAAUUGACAGAUACAGGCAGUUCAGAUGCUAAUAUGACAAAUGCAACAAGUGGUGCAUCAACCGCUUCUGGUGACAUUAUGCAAUUACUGCUAGUUCACGAAAGACGUGGAAUGCCCACUCACAACACCUCUAAAACUAAUUCAAACCGCAACAAUCCGCAAAAACUUCCUGCCCAGUCAAAUUUAUCUACCUCUACAGAUAACAAAUCCGUCGUCGACCUUAAAUCAAAGAAGUUUGAAGUCGUCGUCGGUGGUCAAACUAUGAUGUACUUAGAUAUAACUCCUGCAAUUGUUAGAACAAUGACGAAAGAAGAACGGACCGAGUACGUGCGUGUCGGUAAGCUUAUGUACAGUAAUAUAAUGCUCGAGUGA